AUGGUCAAAGAAAUCAACCACCCCACCUGUGGUCCUAUCAAACUCGUUAACACGCCCGUAAAGUUUUCGGAAAGCACGCCGGGGAUUAGAUCUCCACCGCCUACUUUGGGACAACAUACUGGUGAAGUGUUGAAGGAGCUAGGAUAUGCAGAAACAGAGGUGGAGGAAUUGAAGAGGUUGGCUGUGGUUGCGUAG